CGUAAGAGGCCAAAACCUACGAAAGAAUGAUGAUGAAAGGAUGCGGUGUGCAGCCGAGGGAAGGUUCGCCCACCCAGACAACCAUAAGGCCUAUGUCGACUGUGUCCCCGAUGUUGAAGGGAAUGUUCUUCAAGCGCAUGUCGGCUCCUGUAGGGACGGCGUCUUCCACCCCGACCUUAAAAAAUGUCUUCCUGCUGGCAAGGAAAACCAGAACGCCACUGGCCACCACCGCAGAGGACGAAUGAUGGCAUGGGAAAAGAACUACAACUCUGUUUGCAGCAAGAUACGUAACGGCUUUUCCUGUCUCUCAUGCAAAACUCUUGUGAACUGCGUCGCUGGGAGAGCAUACACUGAAGAGUGCGAUGCGGGUUACACCUGCCGAGACAGGAACCCAUUUCAAGGCGCUGUCUGUUACCCAAGUAGCCCUGUUCACUGCAGCUGUGGUAACAAAAGAGAACUGCUCCCAGACCCUUACAAUCCUCAAGCCUAUCUUGAAUGCAUGUCAGGUGUUCAAGACCCAGUCGUUCGCUUCUGCCACAGGAACAUGAUAUUUUCCAAAAAGACGUAUUCAUGCCAGUACCCUGAAAACUAUGUGGAGUGCAGCAGACGCGGAGUUUUCCCCAACCCCAAGGACUGCACUGAAUACUACAAAUGCGUACAGACUAUUGGAGGACUGCUUCAGUACACGUUUCAGUGUACUUGUGGCUUUCUGUUUAACGAAAUAACGGGGCGUUGUGAAGAUCCCUGCAGCUAUCAGCCACAAAAGUUUACAUGUAAGAGGGAAGGCCGUUUCCCGAACCAGUAUGACUGUCGCAGUUACUACGUGUGUACUGCCAAGAGCACCCCCCAGACAGGAUUUCGGGAAAGUGUGCGGAGAUGCCCUCAUGGAUUCAUCUGGAGCACCGGAUCGGUGGCUGGCACAGGUCUCUGUAAACCCGGCAACACCUCUCUUUGUGCCCAUCACUUGGUUCCAAGGUGUGCCGUUCCUAAGGGACGAAGCUGUGCAGCCACUCCCACUGUGACGACAGGAGGAAGUUGCAUGCAAGGAAGUCCCAACUGUCAGUGUAACUCUGCCACGGGCCAGCUCUCCUGUAGGAUGGGACAUGUUGCCAACGGAAAGCUCUGCAGAGCACCGCCAACCACCUCGCCAACAACAGCUUCGACCACAACUCCAACUACUACGACCACUACUACCACAACCCGAGGUACCACAAUUCCAUCGUCAACCACCAAACCUACAACAAGACCGUCAACCACCUCAACCUCAACCACAACUCCAUCGUCAACCACCAAACCUACAACAAGACCGUCAACCACCUCAACAACAACCUCAACCACAACUCCAUCGUCAACCACCAAACCUACAACAAGACCGUCAACCACCUCAACAACAACCUCAACCACAACUCCAACUACUACCACAACCCGAGGUACCACAACUACAUCGACAACCACCAAACCUACAACAACUACUACAAAAGCACCGCCGCUGGAAUGUUGGAUAGGCUGGCAGCGUUUUGGAUCUGCGUGCUACCUUUUUGAUAGCACGUCCAGCCGUAAUUGGGAUCAAGCUCGCAGCUAUUGCAGGACAUACGGAGGGGACCUCGUCAAAAUUACGAGUCAAGGGGAAAACCAGUUCAUCGGACAAAACAUUAAAAAUAAAGUCUGGAUUGGUAUCAAUGACCAAAAAAAUGAGAACGUGUUCGUGUGGACCGAUGGCUCAAGACCAGGAUACACUGCGUGGGAGAAAGGACAACCCGACGACUUUCUAGGUGAAGACUGCGUCGAGAUGUGGACGAAAAGCUUCGGGUGGAAUGAUAUCCCGUGUACCCACAAACUCGGAACUGUGUGCCAAAGACCAGCGCAUGGGGCUGCAUAAGCUCAGGGUCAAGACUCAGGACAAGCCUCGCCCAGCGGCUACAGCCAUCACCUGCAGCCGGUGGAGGGAGGCAGCAGCUCCUGUCAAAAAGGUUACUUCAUCGUAGGCUUGAGUGUGACAACUGCCACUGUGCACUUACUGAAGCUUUGGCUUGGAAAUAAUAUAACAUGUUACUCGUCCUGGCUUAUUAUAUUUACUGGAAACCUUCGUUGCAGACAUAUAUGUAAUCUGUUUAAUAAGUUUAUCUACAUGUACGCCUUCAUGCAUUUAGCUUAUGAAAAAAAAUGUAAAUUGAUAAAUAGAUAAAUAGUAUACCAUUUAUCAUGUUACCAUGCUAUCCUGAGGGCAUCUGGAUGCAUCAAAUUCACUAUUGUUUAU